AUGUGGUCCCGAGCCAAAAGAGCAGUGGCUGAAACUAUGGUGGACUUCUUUUCACUGCUAUUGCAAGUCCUCAGUCUUCACACAGGAAAUAUGGCCGAUACCACCUUUGGCUGGUCCACCUUUGAACUCACAACAGAAGUAGUGGAAGGGGAAGAUGACCAAAGCAUCUCUGAACACCUGAAGGCCAUUGAUGCAGAGCUUAAGAAGAUCAGGCCAAACUUCACUAACAUUGAGUGGAGGAUGGAGAGGACGCUACACACCAGAACACCGCUGUAUAAAUCUUCCUCUGCAUCAGACUUCUUCCAGCAGUUCCCCUUCCUAAAACACCCACGACUGCUACUUCACGAAAUGCGACUGCGGUUUGGUCACGACCUGGACUCCCUCUUCGGCACAUUCAUCGAGGAAGCAGCGGAGAAGAUUGUGGGGGCUUCCAAGGGCCCCCUGAAAGCAGCCAUAUUGCCGCCUGAUCGAGUCAUAUCACCAUGUAUGCGGACCAAUGCGGCUGUACUGCUCCUCCCGACCUUAAUGAAGGAGAACGCAAAAUAUUUGUUCUGCUUCAAUGAAGAACCACUGGCGCCAACACCAACUAUUAUGAUGUGCUUCGAAGACUCUCCACUGACAGCCGAUAUGGUUUCCAUCAAGAUGGAUGGGGAAUGCAUCAUCCCACCCUCCCCAGACAUCGAUGCCACUUUGGGGCUGUUGUGCAUUUUUUCAUUAUAUUUUUUAUUUGAUAUCCACUAUCCCAAAGAGGCACUGGCCUGUGCUCCAGAGACUGUCUUUGGUGAAGAGGGCAAAUCCAUCACCCUGGCCAUGAAGGGGGGUGACGUGGUGGAUAUUUUAUUUGUUUCCUGGGUCUUUGAUGAAACAGAUACACACAUUGUCAGUUACUAUCCACGUAAUCCUAAAGAUCGCCAGUUACGAGUUUCAUCCUCCUACAAGAGCAGAGUAGAGUUCAAUACCAGAGGCCUGUCUAUGGAGCUGAAGAACCUGACGAGGAAUGACACUGGACUCUACACAGGAGAGAUGAGAUUCAGCAACAAUACGAAUGACAGUGGGCUCUACCUAGAAGACUGCAACAUCAGCACCUGCACACAGGAUGGAGACUCUACUCAUGGUGGCCUCAGCAUCUUCACCAGGCACGGCUCCAUCAUCUGUAACCAUAGCAACCCAGUCAGCUGGAGCCAGGAUGCAGUGGACAUUGGGGACCUCUGCCCACCUCAACAAGUGGCUGAAACUAUGGUGGACUUUGUCUUGCUGCUGCUGUUGCAAGUCCUCAGUCUUCACACAGUGGUCUGUGUCCCAGAGACUGUCUUUGGUGAAGAGGGGAAAUCCAUCACACUGGCCAUGAAUGGGAGUGAUGUUGUGAAUAGAUCAUAUGUUGAUUAUGUCGCCUGGACUUUUAAUGAAAGAGACAUUGUCACUUACUAUCCACAUUAUCCUAAGGUUCGCCAGUUAAGAGUUUGGUCCUCCUACAAGAGCAGAGUAGAGUUCAAUACCAGAGACCUGUCUAUGGAGCUGAAGAACCUGACGAAGAAUGACACUGGACUCUACACAGGAGAGAUGAGAACACCAGAGAAUGUGCAUUUUGUUGAAUACUAUCUCUUUGUUUUUGAGCCAGUUGAGAAGCCAGUCCUGACUGCACAUCUUAACUGGUCCAGUGGUGACGAGUGUCAGGUGAUGGUGACGUGUAGAGCUGGUGACCUCUCUGUGACCUCCAGCUGCAACAUCAGCACCUGCACACAGGAUGGAGACUCUACUCAUGGUGGCCUCAGCAUCUUCACCAGGCACGGCUCCAUCAUCUGUAACCAUAGCAACCCAGUCAGCUGGAGCCAGGAUGUAGUGGACAUUGGGGACCUCUGCCCACCUGUACAAGUAGGGGCCAUCUCUAAGCACCAUCAGCCUACUGGGCUCUCCUGCAUUUGA